CCUUGAAAGACGGAGAUCGUCAAUUAGCAUUUCACACGGAAUAAUACGGUCAUAACGGGAAUGAAACCAGAAAUACUCUUCUUUUUGGAGGUUUAAAGAUGGCUGCCCUUGCGAGAUUGUUUUCGGCAAAUCGGGCAGUUCAAGGGUCUGUUUCAAGAUGGUUUCAUCCAAAAUGUUUGUGUAGUACCCAGUCUCAAUCUCGGGAAGAUUGUUUCAUAAACGUCAACCCUCCAAAGCCUGACUUGAGUACACAGAGUACUUCAGAAAUUAUUGAUGAAGUUGGUAGAACUCUUGCACUGGCUGAGAUUAUGAAAGGUUUUGCUAUUGUACAGGGUAUGAUGUUUAGAGAACAGGCAACAAUUAAUUAUCCAUUUGAGAAGGGACCUCUGAGUCCAAGGUUCCGCGGGGAGCAUGCAUUAAGAAGAUAUCCAUCUGGAGAGGAGAGAUGUAUUGCCUGUAAACUGUGUGAAGCUAUUUGUCCUGCUCAGGCUAUCACUAUUGAGGCAGAGACCCGUGCUGAUGGCAGUAGAAGAACAACACGUUAUGAUAUUGAUAUGACAAAAUGUAUUUACUGCGGUUUCUGUCAAGAAGCUUGUCCUGUUGAUGCCAUUGUAGAGGGCCCAAAUUUUGAGUUCUCAACUGAAACCCACGAAGAGAUGCUUUACAACAAGGAGAAGUUGCUAAGCAACGGUGACAUUUGGGAGCCAGCUAUUGCAAACAAUCUGCAAGCUGAUUAUUUAUACAGAUAGACAUUUAUAUAAUUACCUUGAUUAUAUGUUACUUGAAAAUAUAUCCGUGGGUAGUCAUGAUUUAUUACCCUAAGCAUUUUACAGUGCUAGUUUAAUACACUAUUUUUCGUAGUUAUCCGAGCAUUCUAUGUCGAAAAAAAUAAUGUAGAUACAUAAAAUUUACUUUUAUGUUUAACAAUAUCCAACUGUUUUCUUUCUUAAUGAACAUUUGUUUAGACUUCAUGGCAUGCACAGUAAGUGUGUUUACUCUAGGAAAGGGAGGAUUUUAGAUUCCCGACGAUAUGUAUUAAAAGUUAAUUAAAAAGUUUAGAAUCCUGAAGAUUUAUACUUACCGCAACGAAUAUCUUUCUUGGACUUGUCUGUCCUUCAACCUGGACCAGAUCAUUCCUUAUUUUAGGGAAAGUUUCGAUUAUGAAAUAGAUAAUAUCCUAUUUGCUUAUCAGUACUGUACACAAUCAUUAACUAUAUGUUGGGUUUAUUGUAAAUAAUUGAAAAUAAAUAAAUUGUUAUAUAUA